AUGCCUACACUCGUAUCAAUAGUUGGGGAUUUUAUUUGGCCGGUGAUGAAUCACAAUGUUGUCGGAUUAAGAGAAAAACAACCGCAAUUACAAAAAAUCUUCAAUAAUUUGGAAGUACUACUAUCUCAUCUAAAAUCGGAUUAUACAGCUCGACGAAAACGUGGUACAUCUCCACCACCACGACUCACUCCAUCUCAACAAUCGUCAAAAGCGUCUAACAAUACUCCGAACAAUGAAUCCGAUCAGUUUUUACCAAAGUCCGUCGCAGCAUCAAAUGGAAAAGGAUCAGGGACAACAGAUUUUGGAGCGUACUGCUUCAUUUCAGCACAACCAUCAGUAACAACUAAUAUGAAUGGAAGUGAAGAUACAACAAAAAUGUUGUUCUCGAUAAAUCAAAAUAUUCUAGAUAUGAAGGAUAAUACUCAUCGUAUGGAUGAAAAAUUAGAUCGUAUCAAUGACAAGAUUGAUCAAACAGCUUUCGAUACGGAACUACAUCAUGAAACACUGAUAAAAUGA